GAUAACAGGGAAUGGAGUUGUGGACACUGGCACACCGGACGGAACUUAAUCAUAACAUUCGACGAUAAUUGCACAAGAACGAACAAAUCUCUCUCUCUCGCUCGCUCAGGAAUCCGAGACGCAAAGAAUCAGUGAAACCCAGAGUAAAGGUCACAAGCCUGAUGUUGCUCAAGCUACUCAGUUAUUGUAUGAUCUAUGCAAGUCCAAUAAACUCCGAAAAGCGACAAGGGUAAUGGAGAUGAUGACUAGUUCGGGUUGUAAUCCUGAUGCCGCUUCAUAUACUUUCUUAGUAAAUCAUUUGUGUAAGAGGGGGAAUGUUGGGCAUGCAAUGCAAUUAGUUGAAAAAAUGGAGGAAUUUGGGUACCCAACCAAUACUGUUACUUAUAACUCUCUUGUUAGAGGUCUUUGCAUGCGUGGAAACUUGAAUCAAAGCUUGCAAUUGGUAGAUAAGUUGAUGCAGAAAGGGUUGGUUCCAAAUGCAUUCACUUACUCAAUCUUGCUUGAAGCUGCGUAUAAGGAAAAGGGGGUUAAUGAAGCAAUGAGGCUCUUGGAUAAUAUAAUUGCCAAAGGUGGAAAGCCUAAUUUGGUUAGCUAUAAUGUUUUGUUAACUGGUUUGUGCAAGGAAGGUAGAGUUGAUGAGGCAAUCAAGUUGUUUCGGAAUAUGCCAUCAAAGGGGUUUACCCCUAAUGUUGUAAGCCAUAAUAUUUUGUUGAGGAGCUUGUGCUACGAAGGACGGUGGAAGGAGGCAAAUGAUCUUCUUGUGGGGAUGGUAGGCGAGGAUCGUUCCCCCUCAAUAGUUACCUACAAUAUUCUGGUCGGGUCGCUGGCUUUCCAUGGCCAAACUGAUCGUGCUCUCAAGGUGUUGGAUGAAAUGUUUGCGGGGGGGCAGUUCAAGCCCACUGCUGCUAGCUACAACCCAAUAGUUGCCCGUCUCUGUAAAGAGAGGAAGGUAGAUGCUGUGGUUAAGUGUCUCGAUCAAAUGAUUUAUAGGCAAUGUAAUCCUAACGAGGGAACAUACAAUGCUAUUGCUGUACUCUGCGAGGAGGGGAUGGUGCAAGAAGCUUUCUCCAUAAUUCAAAGCUUGAGUAAGAAGCAAAACUCCUCUACACAUGAAUUCUUCAAAAGUGUGAUUUCAAGCUUGUGUAGGAAAGGGAACACACAUCCUGCAUUUCAGUUUUUAUAUGAAAUGACAAAACGUGGAUUUACUCCUGACUCCUAUACCUAUUCAUCUUUGAUCAGAGGACUGUGCAUGGAGGGAAUGCUGGAUGAGGCCAUGGAGGUAUUCAGCAUCAUGGAAGAAAGUGGCCACAGGCCUGAUGUUGACAAUUUCAAUGCACUUGUACUUGGGUUAUGCAAAUCUCGGAGAACAUAUGUGGCCUUGGAGUUUUUUGAGAUGAUGAUUUUUAAGGGUUAUAUGCCUAAUGAGACAACCUAUACCAUUAUAGUGGAGGGGAUUAUCUAUGAAGAAGAAAAGGCGCUGGCAGCAGUAGUUUUAAAGGAGUUGCAUUUGAGACAAGUGAUGGGCCGAAAUACAGUGGAAAGGCUUGUUAUGCAAUAUGACCUUGAGGGUUUAUCCUUGUGAAAAUCUUUCAGUAAGAAAGAAAAGAGUUUCGGAAUUGAAAGGAAACCAAGCAAUACAAACAAUACAAUGGAGUUGCGAUUGCAAAAAAUAAACUCUGUAGGAGCACAAGUGUCGCUGAUUUGGUGGGGAGCUUUGUACAUUAAUGGCUAAUCUACUGUAAAAAUGGAUAAUACCCUAAUAUUGUGAUUGAUAUCCUAUAAAAUCCUUUUGAAGGUGGCCAAGGGCAAGUUCAGAUUGGCUACACUUUACUUUCCUUCAUUCGCGUUGAUUACUUUCCACUUUUUCUUCUUUGGAUUAAAGCAUAUCGAUUGUGUAAAGGACUUGUGUCUUUCAGAUCUGACAUCAAAGAGUCUCUGUCCUUGUAAAUCUUAUUGUUUUGUCUACUCUAAAAUCAAAUA